UAAAUGAAUAAUUAAGUAUCAUUUCAGUCAAAUAAAUUAACUAAAACCCAACACUUAUAAGUUUAGAAACAAGAAGUGAGGCUUCUUUUUUUUUGUUUUUUGAAGGUUAGAAGAUAACCUUGAAAAAGAAGAGGAAGAACAUCACAUCCCAUAUCUAUGUAAUAUGUAAUAUGUAAUAUGUAAUAUGUUAGACUUCAAAAACCGGGGGCUCAGUUUUUAUUAUAAACAAUUAAUUACAAAUAUCCAAACCCCCAAUUUAAUUUCCAUGCCUUUCAGCCGCCGACCUCUCAUUUCUUAACCAUGUCUCUCGCCGUCGCUUUCUCCGCCCUCUUCCUUCUCUUCUUCCCAUCUCCGGCCGCAGCCCAGUCUCCGAAACCCACCAAUUUCUCUGCCUUCUCUAUCUCCCAAUCUCCAUGGCGACCCUCCCACAAUCUCCUUCUCCUCUCCCCCAACUCCCUUUUCGCCGCCGGCUUCCGCCCACUACCCAACAACUCCAAUCUCUUCAUCUUCUCCGUUUGGUACUUCAACAUCUCAACAGACAAUAUCGUCUGGUCCGCCAACCGUCUUCAUCCCGUCACCCGUUCAGCGGCUCUGGUCAUCACAGCCACCGGCCAGCUCCGUCUCAACGACGCCUCCGGUCGCAAUCUCUGGCCUUCCAACAAUGUCUCUGCCAAUUCAAAUUCGACCCGAUUAAUCCUUCGCGACGAUGGUGAUUUGAUUUACGGAACAUGGGAAAGCUUCCAAUUCCCCACCAAUACUAUCUUGCCUAAUCAGACAUUGAAUGGAACCACCAUCAUCUCUAACAACGGCAAAUAUUCGUUUGUGAAUUCUGUUAAUUUGACGUUUGGAACAGAGAGGUAUUGGUGGACUGAUAACCCUUUCAAGAAUUUCGAAAAUACAGGUCAAAUCAACAGAGAUAAUCAAAACCCAAUUUACCCUACUGAUUUUAAUUCGACCCGGCUCCGGAAAUUGGUUGUUGACGAUGAUGGGAACCUCAAGAUUUUGAGCUUCAACCCCAAUUCUCCGAGGUGGGAUAUGGUUUGGCAAGCACAUGUAGAGUUGUGUCAAAUCUUUCGUACUUGCGGCCCAAAUUCUGUCUGUAUGAGUAGUGGCAGUUACAAUUCCACUUACUGUGUCUGUGCUCCUGGAUUCAGCCCCGAUCCUCGCGGUGGAGCACGUCAAGGAUGCAACCGGAAACUCAACGUAUCGAACAAAUCCAAAUUUCUACAACUGGAUUUUGUGAAUUUUAGAGGUGGGGCUAAUCAAAUCUUCAUGGAAACCCCAAAUAUUUCAGUCUGUCAAGCGAAUUGUUUGAAGAAUUCGAGCUGUGUGGGCUAUACAUUCAGUUUCGAGGGCAACGACCAGUGUGUGCUUCAGCUAGACAUUUUGUCGAACGGGUUCUGGUCGCCUGGGAUGAAGACGGCUGCCUUUGUGAAGGUCGAUAAUUCGGAAACAGAUCAGUCAAAUUUCACCGGAAUGAUGUACAAACUCCAAACCACAUGUCCAGUUCACAUCAGUCUCCGGCCACCACCGGAUAAUAAAGACAAUACCACCAGGAACAUAUGGAUAAUCGUCACCAUAUUCAUAGCCGAACUAAUCUCCGGGGCGGUUUUCUUCUGUGCAUUCUUGAAGAGAUUUAUCAAAUACAGAGACAUGGCUCGCACGCUUGGUUUCGAAUCACUACCCGCCGGUGGACCGAAGCGGUUCAGCUACGACGAGCUGAAGAUUGCCACCAACGACUUCUCAAAUCCCGUUGGAAAAGGUGGAUUCGGCGAAGUCUUCAAAGGGGAAUUGCCGGACAAACGUGUUAUCGCCGUGAAAUGCCUGAAAAACGUCUCUGGCGGCGAUGGGGACUUUUGGGCGGAAGUCACCGUUAUCGCCAGAAUGCACCAUCUCAACUUGCUCAGAUUGUGGGGAUUCUGUGCCGAAAAGGGUCAAAGAAUGUUAGUCUACGAGUACAUCCCCAAUGGAUCUCUCGACAAAUUCCUCUUCGUCAAAUCUUCGUUCUCUGAUUCGAUAGAGAUAGAUGGAGAAAACCCAUUGCUGGAUUGGGGAAUCCGUUAUAGAAUCGCCAUUGGAGUUGCAAGAGCAAUCGCGUACUUGCACGAGGAAUGCCUGGAAUGGGUAUUGCAUCGAGACAUAAAGCCCGAAAAUAUCCUUCUAGACAACGAUUUCUGCCCGAAACUAGCGGAUUUUGGGUUGUCGAAACUAAAGGAAAACGACGGAACAGCGGUGAGUAUGUCUCGGAUCAGAGGCACCCCCGGUUAUGUGGCACCGGAGCUAGUAAAAUUGGGUUCAAAUUCAAUCACGCCGAAAGCAGAUGUGUAUAGUUUCGGAAUGGUGCUGCUGGAGAUUAUCAGUGGGACCAGGAAUUUCGAUACAAAAGAAGGAUCGACAGUUGAGAGCGCGUUUUGGUACUUUCCGAGCUGGGCAUUCGAAAAAGCGUUUGUGGAAGAGAAGAUUGAAGAAGUUUUAGACAGCCGGAUCAGGAAUGAGUACGAUAGUGGAGGCCAUUUUGCGAUUGUUAACCGUAUGGUGCAAACGGCAAUGUGGUGCCUUCAGAGCCAGCCGGAGAUGAGACCAUCGAUGGGGAAAGUGGUGAAGAUGUUGGAAGGGAAGUUGGAGAUUCCAAACCCAGAAAAGCCCUCCAUUUACUUUCUCUCAGAAGGACAGGAAGGUCCUAAACAUCAAAUAGCCAUGGUGGUCGAUUCUGUAGAUUCCAUGGAUUCUGACUUUCCUCCAGCUGAAUACAGCUCAACUAGUCUAAGUUUCGGGUAACUUUUCCCCCAUCUCAAUCUUUUGACCUUUAACAUUCUUUUUUCUUAAAAUGUUUAGAAUCCAUAAUCUAAUUUUUUUGUAAUCAAGCUUAUUGUCACUGUCACACUGUAUAUGGAAAUAUUCUUACUUUCAUUUUAAAACUUUAAAAACAAGUUUGAAAUAUCUUUUAAAUUUGAAAUGCAUAUUUUUAACAAUAUUUUCCUUUAGGCUUUAAAUCACUUUGUUGAGUCUUUGAUGUAAUCUUUUAAUUUUGAGACUUGUACUUUUACUCCAAGUUUAUGUCUUAUUUGGUUGUUUGUUGAAAAUUUCUUUUUGGAAAUGUUGAACUGAUGAAAGAAAAUUUGAAAGUAUCUACAAAAGAAGAGAAAACAAAACAAAGAGGAUAUUUUGCCAGGGUUGUCAAGGAAAAAUCCAAAACCCAUGAGAAUGCCCAAGCUCCAGGGUAUUGGGAUAUACAUGUGCCUCCCAAAGGAAAAAAAAAAAAAAUUAACAUUCCAAUAAGGACAAUCAAUUAUGCCGGUAGAAACACAUCAAUCAACAAAUAACUAUGUUGCACUCGAUUUGACAUCCUACAACCUUGAGUAUCAUCAUUGUUACUUGUAAUCGGAGGUGAGUAUUAAACGUGAAGUUUAUAAAUAGCUUCAUUCGAUGACUUUCAAAAGUAGAUCGUAAGUAAUCUUCAAAAGAGAGUCGUGACCUUACCUUUUAUGUGCUUAACUGAAUUAGACACUAUUUACUGUAAUUUAUACAUCAUAGUGUGGUAGGUUCCACAUCACACCUGUAUAAGAAUCUCUAACACAAUUCAACUCCACACAUGACCAUUAAAUUCAUUCAAAGUGAACAAAUUUGAAGACAACUUGUAUAGAUAUCAUUGCUCAAAUUUAUCAUCUCAAGCCUAUAGUGAAAUUGACCUUUGGUCUACUUCUAGUCUAA